AUCGCGUUUUGCGUAUUUAUUAUUGGCGCAGUGCAGAAUCAAAACAAAAUUAUAUAAGCAACAGAACUCGAUGAUAUCUCUAUUGUUUUUGCCGUAAUCGUCGUUGUUUUGUUUUAUUAUGCCUAAUGGACGGACAGUGUUGUUGCUGCGACGUUUGUCGACAGGGGACAACAGAUUGAAGAGUAUCAAUUUGAAUCAAAAUACAACCAAGGAGCCGCAUAUUGUGAACCCGGUGUGCUCUCAUCGCGAUAUAAAUUUGUCGAAAAGAAUCUCUACAUUUGGUCAAAACAAUCAGCUUCCAGUUGUUUCCCCUCAACUCACAAGAAGCUUCAGUGACAACAUAAUAAAAAUGGCCACACCAACUGCUGAAUCCAAUCCUAUUGAAGUGCCAAAACAUACCAAUGCCCUUGUGUCCGAGAAGUCUCCAUAUUUGCUUCAGCAUGCUCACAACCCAGUGCAAUGGUACCCAUGGUCCCAGGAAGCAUUCGAUAAAGCCAAGAAAGAAAACAAACUCAUCUUCCUGUCUAUAGGAUACUCCACUUGCCACUGGUGCCAUGUGAUGGAGAAAGAAUCUUUUGAAAAUGAAGAAGUUGCCAAAAUUAUGAAUGAAAACUAUAUCAAUAUUAAGGUGGAUCGUGAGGAAAGGCCAGAUAUAGACAGAGUUUACAUGCUGUUUAUAACAGCUACCACUGGCAGUGGUGGAUGGCCCAUGUCUGUAUUUCUCACUCCUGACUUGCUGCCAGUCACUGGAGGAACAUAUUUCCCUCCUGAAAACAAGUAUGGUCGCCCUGGCUUUAAAACUAUUCUUUUGUCACUUGCUAAAAAGUGGAAAGAAAAUACUGAGCAAUUCAAACAGGCAGGCAUCGCUAUAAUGGAUGCACUUCAAAACUUAUCCAAGGGUGAUGCUGAACUGUCGCCAUCCGUACCUGGGGAAGCGACAUGGAACAAAUGUGUGCAGAGAUACAUUGCUAACUUUGAACCCCAUUUUGGUGGAUUCGGUAUGGCUCCUAAAUUUCCGAAUUGUUCAAUUUUUAACUUCCUCUUUCACUUCUAUGCUCGAGACAAGUCAAAUCGUGUAGGAAAGCAAUGUUUAGAGAUGUGCUUGCACACCCUAACUAAGAUUGCCAAGGGUGGUAUCCAUGAUCACAUCUCUAGUGGAUUUGCUCGAUACUCAGUUGACAAUGACUGGCAUGUGCCUCAUUUCGAAAAGAUGUUGUAUGAUCAGGCACAACUCGCAUGCGCUUAUACCGACGCUUAUCUUGCGACUAAAGACGAAUUUUACGCUGACGUCGUUCGUGAUAUAAUUAAAUACGUGAACAGAGAUCUGAGGCAUGUAGAAGGUGGUUUUUAUAGUGCUGAGGAUGCUGAUUCAUAUCCAUUUCAUGGGGCUCCUCAUAAGAAGGAAGGGGCAUUUUGUGUUUGGGAAUAUAUAGAAAUAGAGUCACUCCUAAUUGAGAAAACUGUCAAUGAUAUACCCUACAUGGACAUUUUCUGUCACUACUUUGGGGUCGAAGAAGAUGGAAAUAUUUCACCAGACAGUGACCCCCAUGGAGAGCUCAAAGGGAAGAACAUGUUUAUUGUUUAUGGCAGUAAAGAAGAAACUGCUAAAAAGUUUGGAUUGUCUAUGGAACAGUUUAAUCAAGUGAUUAAGGAAUGUACUGAGAUCUUGUAUGAGGCCCGUCAAGAGAGACCGAGGCCACAUCUUGACAGCAAAAUGCUGUGCUCAUGGAAUGGCCUGAUGAUCUCUGGUUUAGCUCAGGCCGGACAAGGUUUAGGAGAAAAGGAAUACGUUGAAGAUGCUAUUAAAACUGCAAAUUUCAUUAAAAAGUAUUUACACGAUCCGGAAAGUAAGAAAUUGCUUCAUUCUUGCUACAGGGCAAAUGAUGGAUCAGUUGCUCAGAUAGAAAAACCGAUCGAAGGAUUCUUAGACGACUACGCGUUUCUGGUGAAAGGUCUCCUGGACCUGUAUGAAGCAUCACUGGACCUCUGCUGGCUGAACUGGGCGCGCGAGCUGCAGAAGAAACAGGAUGAGCUGUUCUGGGAUGAGGCGAACGGCGGGUACUUUAGUACCUCGGAGGGAGAUGAUAGUGUUGUGCUGAGACUGAAAGAAGACCACGACGGCGCCGAGCCCUGCGGCAACAGCGUCUCCUGCCACAACCUGCAGCGCCUCGCCGCCUACGCCGACAAGAGCGCCGCUUCCGAAGGCGGCGACAAGGAGCGCGACAUGGCCAGGCGGUUACUUACGGCGUUCGCGCAUAGACUGACCAACUCGCCUACAGCCCUGCCGGAGAUGAUGUCAGCUCUCAUGUUUUACAAUGAUUCACCCACUCAGGUGCUGAUAGCGGGCGGCUGCUCGGACCCGCGCACGCUGGAGCUGGUGCGCGUGGUGCGGUCGCGGCUGCUGCCGGGCCGCGUGCUCGCCGUGGCCGACCCCGCCGCAGACUCGCCCGCCGGUAUGUCCGACAUACUGCUGUCCCGCAUCAGACCAGUGGGCGACACGCCGACGGCCUACGUGUGCCGCCGCUACGCCUGCUCGCUGCCCGUCACCGAUGUCAAACAGCUCGAGACGCUGUUGGAUGAGCAGCCAGCCACUAACUAA